GUGAUCUCGGCAGUUCGGCUCUGGGGAUUUGGAGAAAACAAACGAGAGGAACGCGGCCGGGGGGCAGAGCAGUCAGGUGAACGACGCGUAAAGCGAUCGCCUCGACGAGGCAGGAAUGGGGACUUCAUCGCGGGCCACGAUGGCCGGCCAGGAAGAAUUCCUUCUUCUUUUCUCUCUCUGAGAAAAUAAGCGAAGGCUGCCGUACCUCGCCUGCUGGUGGUACGACUCGCGUUUCGAGUCGUAGCUCCCCUGAGAGCCUUGACUGGAGAGCUCUAAUGGAGCUGUAGAAGCAGACGUGCCAUCCUCUGGGAACCGCUGCCAUGAAGAGUGAGGUCCCUUCUAAUAACCCACGGAGACACGAGCCCCUGAAAGGGCCACCCACCAAUCCUGGGCCCCUGGAGGCAGCUAAGAGCUUCCGGCCCAGCAUGGGGCUAGUGGCCAAGGUGGGCGGCGAAUUCGCCCCCCUCUGCACAGAGAGCCACCGCCGGCCGCUGAGGAAUGUCCUCACGGGAGGUUGCAGGGACACAGAAAGGGGACUGUCCAUGCGUAGAAAGCGUAGGAGCCAACAGGCUGGACCCUCGGACUAUACGUUGAAGGAGGACUGUGUUGAUGACGACCCUCUAGCAGCUGCCCGCCACAGGCCUCGGCUACAGGAGAGCAGGAGUGAUGAUGAGCACAAAAUGGAAUCGUCUUUCAGCGACUGCCUGUCUUCCCCGUCUUCCAGUUUGCACUUUGGAGACUCGGACACUCUGAGCUCAGAGGUGGAGGAGGAGGAGGCGGCGGCAACGCAGAGGGAGUUUCAGGGGAGAGGGGCAGUUGCUGUUGGGGAGCAGCAGCAGCAGCACAGAGCGGUUGCGGCGGCGGCUGGGCACAUUGGGGGUGGAGCGCACCCGCUUCUGCGUCGGACUCGUGGUAGCAGGUCACGCAGGUGGCCACAGGCAGAGGCGGACUCUGUGCUUCUGAAUCGGCCGCGCCUCAGCUCCAGACGCUCGCUCCAGCGCAAGCACCCGCUGAGGGCAGGUGUGGCCACUACCCAGCGCACUCCCAGGCAGAAGGAACGAUUGCUGCUGCAGCGCAAGAAGCGGGAAGUAAUCGCUCGCAAGAAGUAUGCCCUGCUCCACAGCACUAGCAGCUCCAGUGAGGAGUUGAGCAACGAGUCCUCAUCAUCCUCCUCCACAGAGGCCGAUGAUGAGCUAUAUGUUGACGUCAGCAGCAGUCAGCCAAGCAGUGCUGCCAUGGCCACGGGUCCUCUGGAUGAAGAUGUGGUGGUCAUAGAGGCAACACCGGCACCCCCUGUACCGGCCAGCGAGGAGAUCAACGUCACGUCAACUGAUAGUGAGGUGGAGAUCGUCACUGUUGGUGAUGCCUACAGGUCUCACUCUGGGGGGGGUACCAGCAGGAUGCACUGGGGUCCCAGCUGCUCCCAGGCACAGCCUCAAGAAGCACGUGGACGCCACCGCAUCUCCACCGUCAUCCAGCCACUUCGCCAGAGUGCCGGUGAGGUGGUGGACCUCACAGUGGAUGAGGACGAUCUUUCAGUUGUGCCAACCACACCGAUCAGCACAACACACACCCACUCUGUCAGCUCAUCAAUCUCGAUCUCUAGCAAUGCCUCUACCUCAGAGCCUGCACGGGAUGCCCCAGGCCCCUCGAGUGGCCCCGGCCUGGUGCCAGACAGCACAGCUGGCCCCGUCAGAGCUGAUCCUCGGCGAGGCUCCACUGGAAUUGGGGGAGAAAGUGUGGGUGCAGCAAUGCCCCGCCUGCCUUCCUGUUGUCCCCAGCAUUCGCCCUGUACUGGGCCCUCCCCUGGGCAUCUACCCCUGAGCCAUGCUCACUCCAGCUGCAUGCAGGCCCCUCAACAGCAAACAACCCAACACGGCCACAGCCAUCAUUUCCUCCACCACCACCACCAUCACACAGCCCUGCCCACGGCUCCACCACUGUCAUUCCCUGAGGCAGGCUGUCCUUUGGAGCGGCCGAGCGCUGUGCCCAUACCUUGCGGAGGUGUGACGAGCACAACCAACCAGUACCAGGACCAGACUCUCCCUGUAGACCUGAGCAACAGCGCAGUUCGGGGCAGUGGAACGGGAGCCUUCCACAGUACCGCCGCUUUUGACCCCUGCUGCCCAGGUUCAUCCUCCCGCACCCCUGCGUUUGUGUCCCAAGCCGUGCCAGGGCCCAGCCAGCCCGGCUCCACGGACACGUACAACGGAGCCAUGGUGGCCCUGCCCCCAGCACAGGCCCCGACCCAGGUCCCACCUCAGCUGUCCUCCUGCCGGCACUACCUGCAUCCCACCUACGGACCACUGGGGCGAUCUCUGCACCACCAAACACCAUCCUCCUGCCCCCACUCCCACGGAAACCCUCCAUCAGCCCCCCAUCCUCCUUCACAGGCAGACUACGUCAUUCCCCAUCCCGUCCACCCCUUUCAUGCGCCUGGCCAUGCCGUGGCCCCGGGUCCUCCUGCUUCUCUCUCAGCCCACCCGCUGUCCAGCACAGCUGCUCCCAUGCCCCCUGACCACCAGGCACUGCACCAUCACAUGCCCACACUUGGCCCCUCCGUCCAGAGGCUGCACCCACACGACAUGCUCCAGAGAAUGGAGCUCCAGAGGCGCAGGAUGAUGCAACACCCAACACGAGCACAUGAGCGCCCGCCACCGCACCCUCACAGAAUGCACCCCAACUAUGGCCAUGGUCACCACAUCCACGUGCCACAGACCAUGUCCUCGCACCCGCGCCAGCCAGACCAGAGGACCACCUGGGAGCUGGGCAUCGAGACCGGGGUGACUUUAGCAGCGUACCCCUCAGGACAUCUGCACCUGCCUCACUACUACACUGCCCAAAGACUCCAGCACUUCCCCCUGCCCUUGAUUCACACUGGCAUGCCUGAAGUAACCUACCCGCACAUCCGCUACAUAUCGUCAAGAAUAACAGGAUUUCGACGAACCUAUGACGAUCUGCUGCAACUGGAGGAACGGCUGGGCACGGUGAACCGCGGCGCCUCUCAGGGAACUAUCGAGAGAUGCACUUACCCACACAAGUACAAGAAGAAGGUGCUGGAGAGAGGCACUGAUCAAGAGUUAACCCCUGAAGCAUGGGCAGCUACUUGGAAAAAUAUGCACACAACCUCAGACUCGAGGAAGCUGCAUGAAAAGCAGGAGGAAGCGGAAGGGACGGAGGAAGACACGGAGGAGAAGUGCACCAUCUGUCUGUCUAUACUGGAGGAGGGAGAGGAUGUCAGGCGCCUCCCCUGCAUGCACUUGUUCCACCAGCUCUGUGUAGACCAGUGGCUCCUCACCAAUAAGAAAUGUCCCAUCUGCAGAGUGGAUAUUGAGGCUCAGCUCUCACCUGAGAGUUGAUGCUGUUUUCAAAAUCCAUUUGAAUUUUUUCCCUCUAACCUGUGCUGCAGUCAACCAAAGAUGGCAUGAAUUUAUCUACACAUAUUCAAAAUGGAGUGUUGAGGGAAAGAAAAGUAUUGAACCUAGAGUGCCAGCUAUCACAUAGUACCAGUACAUCUAGAUAUAACAUCAUCUGUCAGAAUUUUAAGUUUGAUUAUAUUUAUAAAGCUUUUUUGUAGCUUUUUUCUGUGUCAUGUUUUAUUUUUGCAUGGUUCUUUGUAAUGCAUUUCUUUGCACAUAUAAUGGACUGAGCUUCUUGUGGCCUAAUUUGCAGGCGAGGGCAGUUACUCUAGUAAAGAAGCAUUUUUACAUUUACAGUAAUGCCUUGCUUUACUGGAACAGAAUGUUGACCACCAUCACUUUAACAUUACAGGACUAAUUUAAACAAUUAUGUUAUUAGUUUGUGUAUAGACAGUGUAAUCAUUUAGAGGGGAAAAGUUUUCUAAUGUAAAUCAAGACAUUCCUUAAUUAGGAAAAAAAGAUAUGAUACACAAAGAACAGCUGCUGUAUUUGUGCACCAUCCUGCAGUAUCCAUGUAAUGGGAGCAAACAAAAUAUGCAUUGUUUCCCUGGAAAUGCACAUACUUUGUCAGUUUUUAUUCUGCACCACAAUUUUCAAACACAUCAUGCACAUUUUUUCCCAGUUAAUGUAUUACAGAAGAUGAAUGUCAUUUUGAUGUUUUGUGUGUUUCCUUAUUUUAAUAUUGAAUUGUGUGUGGGGUUCAAGGUGACAGGCUAGAGUAUUCACAUCUCGGGUACCAGUGUCUGCAUCUCACCCUUGAACAGAUGAGACUUGGGCAGCGACCACUUAACAGGCAAAUUCAUUAUCCUGUCCACUUUCUCCUGUCUGUGUAGUCUGUGAAAAGUUGUUGACUGGAACCUCAAUAUGGUCUUUUUCUGUAUUUUGUUUCUGUGUUCAGACUGCCUGGAAAAAACAUCUCUGCAAGCUGUUUAUAACCAUUCAUUAUAACACUGCUGGUUGUUACUGUCAGUCACCUUUUCCCUUUUUGGUUUUCGCAGCACAGUUUCUGCUCAUAUGAAGAACUUAACACUAAUGUUAUUCUCAACUAGCUAACUUGCAUAUACUUGCACAAAAACAGGUGAAAAAAUAUGACUGGGGUCCUGUGAAUAUUAGUGUGUUGAAUCAGUGUAUUUCCGCUCCAGUCACUGAACUUUGAGAAACUGGUUUGGAGUGUUGAAAUGCUGUACUUAUGGCAGGUAUCCAUGCAUUCAGACUUACUGGCCCUGUGAUGCGUUUCUUUU